AUGGGAAGCACGUAUCGCUGGAUUCAAAAUGAUAAUAUAGGAGCAGUCAAUACAAACCUGAAGCUCUCUCUCCCAGCGGUUCCUAGAAAGCUAAGAUUCACAGAGAAAGUUAAAGAAGAUGAAGAAGCCAGAGAUCUUGGAUCACACAAGCAGGAUAAUUCCUUUACUGCAGCAGGGAAGCAAUACCACAGAAAGCAAAACAUGGUGCUUGGGAAAAAGGGGACAAAACAAGAAUGGAUGGAGGUGGAUGACCCUUCACAAUACUUAACCAUCGAUUAUACCCGAGUGAGAAGACGACGUCCCAUACACAACAAGAAUUUGCCGGUUGGUCCAUAA